AUGUUAUCCCGCGGGACUCGAAACGCUGCUGCUCGAGCAUCUCGAUCCAACACACCUAAACCUCGAUCACCGAGACCCCGAUACUUGAAUACCGCACCUAUACUAUCAUCACCUUCGACAAGUAAGAAGAAUCAGUCAACAUGGGCAGCAGCGACGGAAUCCGCUCAUUCGGUAUUAACACCUCCUUCGACCCCACUUGGAUCUUCAGCUGCUAGUUCAUUGGAUGAUCCAUUAUCAGCCAUAAACGCUGAAAUAGGUAAUCUGAAAUCUAGUCUGUUCAGAAUGUUGGGAUCAUCAAAUACCGCUCUUGAUACAGUUGCCAAAUACUAUUUUCAAGCUGAUGGUAAACAUCUGAGACCUUUGUUGGUCUUGUUGAUAAGUCAAGCUACGAAUGGAUUAGGUGGUAAAGGCUGGGAACAAGUUCAAUUAGAUUCACAGAACCAUAACAAGAGUAUGGAUGAUUCAUUGACUUCUAAAGGUGGUGUUUUGAAUGAUUGGAAUCCUGAAGUAAAUGGUGAAGAAUCAAUCGGUGCACAAAUAUUCUCAAAUCCUUUCAUAAUACCGAAUGUCAGUUCUAUUACUGGUUCUUCUUCGACUCAACAAUCAUCAAUAAAUCCACAAUCACCAUUACCAUUACCGUUACCAUCGAUAUCGCCUUCACCUUUUGAUUCACUAUUGACACAAGAGGGUGAACCAAGCAUACUACCAACACAACGUAGAUUAGCAUCGAUAACAGAGAUGAUUCACGUCGCAUCAUUAUUACAUGAUGAUGUGAUAGAUGCAUCACCUUUAAGAAGAGGAGAACCUUCUGCGCCUUCAACAUUCGGUAAUAAAUUAUCUAUACUUUCAGGUGAUUUCUUAUUGGGCAGAGCAUCAGUCGCUCUAGCAAGAUUGGGAAGUAGGGAAGUAGUAGAAUUGUUAGCCACCGUCAUAGCCAACUUAGUAGAAGGUGAAGUAAUGCAAUUGAAAGCCACUAGUGAACCGGAAAAAGAACCUACACCAAAAGGUUUCGAAGAUUACAUGAGGAAAACAUAUUUGAAAACAGCAAGUUUAAUGGCAAAAUCAGCAAGAGCAGCUGUCAUCUUGGGUGGAUGUGGGAAUGAACAAGCAAACAAGUCUGGAAUUCAAAGUGAAGGUGAAUGGGUAAAAGAUGUCGCUUAUGGUUAUGGUAGAAAUUUGGGAAUAGCGUUCCAGUUGAUCGACGAUGCGUUAGAUUUCCUUCCACCAGAUCCAUCACUGGGUAAACCGUCCCUCGGAGCAGAUUUACGAUUAGGUUUAGCUACUGCUCCAGCAUUAUUCGCGUGGGAACAAUAUCCUGAGAUGGGUCCAUUGAUACUAAGGAAGUUUGAUCAACCUGGAGACGUCGAAAUCGCGCGUGAAAUAGUCGGUAGAUCGAAUGGAUUGAAAAGGACAAUCGAAUUAGCGUCAACUUUUGCUGAAUCCGCAAGAGAAUUAAUCGAAUUAUUACCUGAAUCAAAUGCCAGAAAUGCUUUAGUCGGCUUAACUAAGAAAGUUGUCGAAAGAGUUAAAUAG